CAGUAAAAUAGCUGACCCGCAUUUCUAAACACGACAACUAGUAACUAUUGCGGAGGUUGUGUAAAGUCCGGGCACCGCUUAUGUAACAACCUUAUCUCAGCAGUCGCUUCGUCUUUCCUCUGCGGAGAGCCGAGCGCCAUCCGGUCACAACUCACAUCGCGAACCAACGACCGAACCGAUGGAUGGUGUUGGGUAGAGGCGUCACUGUCUUGUCCUCUACCCUUUUACAAAAUCCAGGAUGAAGUUCCCUACUUACCUCGGCUUGCGGGUGCUGCUCGCAGCCACAUUCCUGUGGCCCGCGAUGUUCGUUCUCGCCGAACACACGAGCAACUGGGCAGUGCUUGUGUGCACGUCGCGCUUCUGGUUUAACUAUCGGCAUUUGGCAAAUGUCUUGUCGAUGUAUCGCACCGUCAAGCGGCUUGGAAUUCCCGACUCCCAGAUCAUCCUCAUGCUUCCCGACGACAUGGCCUGCAACCCGCGCAAUGCUUUCCCCGGGACCGUGUACUCCAACGCCGACCGCGCCGUCGACUUAUAUGGCGACAACAUCGAGGUGGACUAUCGGGGUUAUGAGGUGACCGUGGAGAACUUCAUCCGCCUGCUCACUGAUCGCGUCGGGGAGGAGAUGCCACGCAGCAAACGGCUGUUGACAGACGACCGAAGCAAUAUUCUGGUAUACAUGACGGGUCACGGAGGGAACGAAUUCCUCAAGUUCCAGGAUGCCGAGGAAAUUGGCGCAUUUGAUCUUGCCGACGCGUUCGAGCAGAUGUGGGAGAAGAAGAGAUACAACGAGAUUCUCUUCAUGAUCGAUACGUGUCAGGCAAACACCAUGUACAGCAAGCUCUACUCCCCCAACAUCAUCGCAACAGGCUCCUCCGAGCUCGACCAGUCGUCUUAUUCGCACCACGCCGACAACGACAUUGGCGUCGCCGUCAUCGACCGCUACACAUAUUACAAUCUGGAGUUCCUCGAAACCGAGGUGCGCGACACAAGCAGCAAGAAGACGCUGGGCGACCUUUUCGACAGCUACACUUUCGAGAAGAUCCACUCGAAUGCUGGGGUUCGCUACGACUUGUUCCCCGGCGGCGAGGAGGCAGCGCGGAAGCGACUCGUCACGGACUUCUUCGGAAACGUACAAAACGUCGAGAUUGACAGCGCCAAGAACACAACUGCUUUAGAGGAAGAGCUUCUUUCCCUGAGCAGAACCAUCGCGGCUUUGCACCGAAAAGCGGACGAGGAGGAGGCCGCCUUGAAGAAGAAUGCCACAGGAGGGGCUGAGAGGAGGCCAGUCCGGCAGAAGAAGGCACAGUUUGCGAAGCCACUGACCGACGAGAACUGGUGGACCAAGAAGAUAUAUGGGGCUGCCGCCGUGGCGGGGUGUACACUACUGUGGGGAAUGAGCUCGUUCCUAGAAGGUCACGGGAGGCCUUGGUAACUUUGGUCGUCAUUUUCCUCUUGUGUUUGCCCAAUAUACGGAUUUUUACAUCUUGCGAUGCAGCAGCUGUUAGGUUCAAGGUUGUCCACACCAUGCCUCUGACCCCCGUCGACCGAAUCGUCCCGCUGAAUCAGUAGCUGAGAUAGGGCUGCGUUGCCUCGAGUCUUGCCUGGACAAAAGAAAAAUACCCCUUAGCAGCGCACUGUGCCUCGAAAUAGCUACGGACAAA